AUGACAAUUGACAAUCCUCUCCUUGAUGAUGAUACAUUCUCUCCUGCUACAGAGCAGCAACCAGCAGCAGCAGCAGCAGCACCAGCAGCAGCAGCAGCAGCACCAAAUAAAGCAGCAGCAGCAGCAGCAGGCACAGGAGCUUCAGUAGGGGUUUCUGACCAAUCUAAGGAUAACAAUGCCUGUCUCUCAGCUGCAGCAGGCAGCAGCAACAGUAGCAGCAGCAGUAACAUGCAUCCUGCUGCUGCUGCUGCUGCUGCAGCAGCAGCAGCAAUGGGGAAUAAAAGGAGACAAGAUGGAGGAGGAAAAGGAGACACUUGGAAUCGUAAAAGAUCUAGAGGAGAAAAAAUAAGGCAGCAUAUGCAGCGGCUGCAGCAGAGACUGCAGCAGCAGCAGAAGCAGCAGCAGCAGCAGCAGCAGCAGCAGGCAGAAGGAGGAGACCCAAUUAGUCCAUCAGCAGCAAACGAAACACCCAUUAAAAUUCCUAGACCACCCAAGAAAAAAUUUGUUCUCCUUCUAGGGUAUAAUGGUUCAAAGUUUUAUGGUUUUCAGAAGCAAUUUAAACAGGAUGAUUCAGCAGCAGCAGAAUCAGAAGAAUCGUCUGAUGGGGAGAAUCCUCAAGAAAAUAUGCAGCAGCAGCAGCAGCAGCAGCAGCAGCAGCAAGUGCAGCACCAGCAGCAGCAGCAGCAGCAAGUGCAGGAGCAGCAGGAGAAUGGUGAAAACGGGGACAAGCAGUUGAAUCACCAGCAGCAGGUAGAGGCUCAGCCUCAACAGCAGCAGCAGCAUCAGCAGCAGCAGCAUAUACUGCAGCAGCAGCAGCAACAGCAGCAGCAGCAAUUACGUACAGUAGAGGGUGAGCUAGAAUUGGUGCUGCUGCGCUGCGGCAGCAUUGCUGCUGAGCAUUUCGGGUGUCUGCAGCGGCUGCAGUGGUCACGAGCAGCAAGAACAGAUAAAGGAGUGCAUGCAGCAGCAAAUGCUGUUGCAUUAAGAUUGUCUCUUGGGCCUGUCUCCUUUAAUAAACAGCAGCAGCAGCAGCAGCAACAGCAACAGCAGCAAGACGGACAGCAGCAGCAAGACGGACAGCAGCAGCAAGACGGACAGCAGCAGCAAGAAGGACAGAAGCAGCAGCAAGGAGAGCAGCAGCAGCAAGGAGAGCAGCAGCAACAGGGAGAGCAGAAGCAGGAAGAGAAGAAACCAGAGCAGCAGCAGCACCAGCAGCAAGAGCAGCAGCAGCAAGAGCAGCAGCAGCAGCAGCAAGAGUUGGAUAUAGACCAAGAAGAGUAUGAUUGUUUAUCCUCAGGUGUAUGUACACUAGAUAAGGAAAGCAUAGCUCAAUGGCAGCAGCAGCGGCUGCUGCUGCUGCUGCAGCGGCUGCAGCAGCAGCUGCCACCAGAUAUUUGUUUAUAUGAUAUUCGUCCUGUUACGAAGAACUUUGAUGCCAGGGUUAGCUGCUCGCGUCGUGUAUAUGAGUAUAUAAUGCCUUUAUGGCUGCUGCAGCCACCAGCAAUAAGAAAGGAUCUAAUUACUCGUUAUAAACAAUAUAUGCACACAGACACAGCAGCAGCAGCAGCAGCAGCAGCAGCAGCAGCAGGGGCAGCAGCAGCAGGGGCAGAAGCAGCAGGUGCAGCAGCAGCAGGAGAUGUGGCAGCAGCAGCAACAAACGGAGAGGAAAAGACAGGCUCUACAAAGAGUGAACAAAGUGCAGCAGAUGCAGCAGCAGCAACAGAUGCAGCAGCAGCAACAGAUGCAGCAGCAGCAGCAACAACAACAACAACAGCAACAACAGAUGCAGCAACAGCAGCAGAAACAGCAGCAGCAGCAGCAGCAAUUAAUGCUGAUGCUCCUCCUGUCAUUAGCGAGAUUCCCCCUCAAUGGGCUGAUCUUUACACAAACCCUCCACCUAGACUAUCUGAUGAGGAGCUUGUUGACCGAUUAGGAAAAGUAUUACGUCUUUAUGAAGGAACUUUUUGUUAUCGUAAUUUUACUCGUCGUAGUAAAAAUAAAGAAAAGAAUGCAGCAGCAUUUAAGCGUCAUAUACAUUCUGCUAACGUAAAGUUAGGGAAACUCCCCGGGUACGAUGAGCCCGUGGCAAUUGUUCAUCUUGAGGGACAAUCUUUCCUCUAUAAUCAAAUUCGCAAGAUGAUGGGGUUAGCAAUAGAGAUAUGCCGUCGUACAGCUCCUGUCUCUUCCUUUCGUAUGGCGACGAGCAAAGGAGACGUUUUCUUACAUACUGCACCUGCAGAGGGUCUCCUUUUAUUACACGUCGUGCUAGUAUAG